AUGCCACUAAGUUUAUUCAUCUUGUCUAUCGUGAUAUCUGAAAGCUCUUCAAUCAGUCGAGAUCUCCAAGUUACUUGCCCAGCAUCUGCAGUUUGUACAACUUGUAUGAGCUCUUCUUCAAAUACUUGGUUUGGAUGCACUGGUUGUCCGUCAGGUUUGUAUUUAUAUGAAGAUUUGUGUUGAAACGCUUGCCCGGUUGGAACAAGCCAAGAUGCAACAAAUGGCGUUUGCAACAUUGGAAACUUUAAUCCUAUAUGAUUUGACUUCGAUAAUUCAAAUACGCCAGACAGUUGAGGAUUAGUGCUCGACUGAGACUCGCCUUGUGCUAACGGGCCAUCUUAUGAUAGUGAGUAUGCUAGUUUUUAUUUUCAAAAAUGCUCACGCAUGAAAUAUGACACUCUCCUACCUUAUUACUACGUUAUUUCUGCUUGAAUUUAUUUGAAUCGUAUAAAUUCCUCUUGACUUCAGAUUUUUUCUUGAAAUUCUGAGUCUGUCUAUAUAAAAGACAAUUAUCUUGGAUUCAAUCAAUUAGUUACAGAAACAACUUCAUUUCCUACUAUAGCGUGGACCUAUUUUUGAGUCUCAAAGAAAUUUGAUGGGACCUAUCUUACCUUUUCAGUCUCUAUGAAUGCAAAUAAUCCGAUUUCAGCAACAACCUCAUGGGGCAGCGAUUAUUAUUUGCAUGAUUCAACAAGCACACUCUAUCUUGGUACUCCACCUUCAUCAGAAAAUAAAGAAGGGUUUACUGGGUUUAUGUAUGAUUUUGUUGUAACAUCUGGGUAUGAUGAUUCAUAUUUAAAUAUGGAUUGAACAACAUGAUGCGACUCAAGUUGCUCAGCUUGUCCAGCUCAAGGGAAUUGCCUUACAGGAUAUGGGUGCGGCAAUCUAAAUUGUGAAUACUGUGAAAACCAAGAUAAUAAUAAAUGAUUUGGGUGUACUAGCUGCACGGGAAGCAAGUUCUUAUACCAAGGAAUGUGCUAUUCAAUGUGCCCAUCAGGAACAUCGGAGGACUCGACACUAAAGGUUUGCACGAAAACAAGCUCCUAUGCAGUGUAUUUGCCAAUGUCUGAAACUAUGAGCACUUCUCCAUAUGGGUGAAAUCUAGCGACUGACGAUUCAAGCUCAAAGCCUCCAACUCCUGUUCUAAAUAAAGGAUACUUUUUUGACAUUUACUCCUACAUGGAAGCAAAUGUGCAACUUCCGGUCUGAACUGUUAUUUCUGGGUGAUUUUACUUUGAUAUUUUGAGCUCACCGUGGUAUAUUUUUAGUAUACAGAAUGGCGGUAAUUAUUUUCUUUUAAACCUAGAUUUUCAGUAUCCUGUGUAUCAAACAGCUGAAAAUAAUAAUAUUUUGGUCCAGUGGGAUGAAUGAGUUUAUAUAUAUGCCUCGCAGUCUACAGAUAACUUUUUAGCUUACUUCACAGUUACUAUAAAUAAUGAAGCUGCCUUUACAACUGUUUUACCAGUUUAUGAUGUGAGUGGUUAUUAUGUCUACGAUAGUUUUGAUUUGUUUAUUGGCCGUUUCCCAAGUUCUCUUGGAGGCAUAUAUGAAGGGUUUAGAGGGUUUUUGUAUGAUUUUAUUAUCUGAAGUGGCUAUUCGGCAAGCUACUUAAAAGCUGAUUAUAAGACAAGUGGCUGCAAAGGGGAUUGCUCAGCAUGCCCCAGCGGAAAUGUAUGUCCUAGCGUUGAUUGUGGGAUAAAUUAUAAUCAAUAUAGAGCUUAGUCUUAGUUUUACUCCCCCCCCUCCGUGAGUGAACAAAAAAAUUUUGUUCACUCACGGAGGGGGGUUAAUUUUUUUUUUUAAAAAAAAUUUAUAUAUAAAUUUAUAAAAAAUAUAUUUUUUUUUCGAAAUUUAAAAAAAUCCUAAUACGCAAAAAUUGGAAAGCAAAUAUUAAUUUAAUUUAUAAAAUUUAUGUUUUAAAGAGCAAUUCGUUUAAAAUUAAAUAGAAUUAGUCAUUAUACUAAUUAUCAUUUAUAUAUCAAAAAUUUUUUCCAUAAAAAAUUUUCUAUUAAAAAAAUUUUUGUUCACUCACGGAGGGUGGGUUUUGGGUUUUUUGGGCAAAAAAUGGCGAUUUUUCUAAUGGUUUUGUUCACUCACAGAGGGGGGGAGUUAGUUAAAUUUAUAGAGUAGUUCCCGGCCGGGACUGAAGGUCCUUUUCUUCUGCCUUUUGGACGCCUCGCUUGCUUUCCUUGCCCUGCUCCCAGUGUGCACCUAAGUGCCACAGGCUACCACUCAGCUCCUUCCGGUCAUGGGGCUUAGUCAUGCUAUCCCGGAAGUAGGCGGACUGGGUCACCGUGCUUCACGUCGCCAGACUAGGGUAGAGCUAGGGAUUAACUCCUUAGCUCUUGUCGGCUCUUGCUAUGCCCUCCAAAUUGGCACUAGCGGUCCCUAGAGGAAAAACCCAUUUUGCCCCAUGUCCUAUCGGGACGACCCUAGGAUCGUCAUUGCUUGACCGGGAGGGAAGCCUAGCCGGACACAAACUACCAGUACCCAUUCCAGACCUUUCCCUGGGCGGAUUGGCUUCAGGCCGCAGCAAGGUCCCCAAUCUCGCCCCAGUUCCGGGAGAGGACGGGUCGGUGUCGUCGCCAUUUUAUUUGUGUAAUCAAUAUAGAGCUAUAUCUUAAUCUUUAUCUUAAUUAGCAAAUUGGCAGAGUGCCUUAUUUUAUGCAGUCACCGAGGACCCCAAGAAAUUCAUCCGCUUAGCGACUUCUACGCCUAGGCAUGAUCGAUCGAGAUAAUAACCGGCGAGGUGCUUAAACCAUCUUCUUCUCUUGAUUUCGCCUCAUCGCCAGGACGGCUUAAGUGUGCACGAGGGAGUACGCCUUCUAUUUUCCGAUUAGGGCACCAGUUUUGAGUGGUUAGACUACAGUAGCUUUAUCCAGAAAAAAAACCUGAGACUAGCGGGUGCUUGAUACCAACAUCAGCAGCUAUAGGCAAAAAGGCUCAGUUCCUAGGCACAGGCUGCAACCCCUCGUGUCUCGAUGAAGGCCCGUCUUAAGGGUCCUGAAGAAAACUGUCAGUUUACCUCUUUUUCAGCCAUAGGAGCCAAGUGAAAAAACCUACCGGAUAUUAUAGGGCCAUAUCAGGCCUGAAUCUCGACUGACUUCUCGCCCACAUCACCUUGGCCAUAAGGUUGAGAAAAAUGCUUCAGAGAUCGGAUCCGCUUAAUACGUCAUUUUUAUGUAUCAUAUAUAACUAUAUCAGAAACAUGCCACUCUUGCUUUUUUGCAUCAUGCACCGAAGCAUGUGUUCGUGGCACUGAUUGUAUUCUUUGCAUACUCCCCUAUAAAGAAAUUUUUUAAAUACUAAAUAUUAAUCGUAAUAGUUUUGGAUUUUAAUUUAUUUUAUAGAAAUUAGUUUAAAUAUAUAAUUGAUAGAAUGAAACCUAUUUAAAUAAUAUUCUAGUUGAACUUUUCAAUUAAAUUAGGUUAAAAUUUAUAAAAAAAUAGAUUUUCAAAUAUAAAAUUCUCCUAUAGAAAAAUAAAUUUUGCUACAAUUUAAAGGGGUUAAAGUACCAAUUUGUUCCAAUUUAAAAGAGACAGGGAGCUAGAUAAUUGUUUAAGCUGCAGCUCUUUCUCAAUUUGCAGUACAUGCAAAACUGGGUAUUUAUUAGGGCCUACCUCAACCUCAUGUUUGAAACAAUGCCCUGCAGGUUCUUCAGAUAAUGGAUCAUCUCAAUGUGUAUUUGAUAGCAACUCUGGCUAUAUUUUUUCAUUCACAUUUGACCAAAUAAAAGGGCUAGUUUCUGAUGGAGUUCAUGGAACAAAUGUUAUGGCUGGAACUUCUAAUUCUUUUUAUCCAAAUUAUAGCGAUGAUUCUCCUAAAGCAGUCAAAAAUCGUGGUUAUUAUUUCAAUGGCCAAUCUCUUAUGCAAUUUCCUUUAGGUGUAUCAGUCAUGUUUAAUUCUGAUUUUUCCUUAUCAAGCUGACUGUAUGCACCGAAUACUCAAACAGGAGUAAUUGUGUCUAAACAAGUAUUAGAUCCUGAUGUAAUUAUGAAAUUUGAAAUAAAUAGUGAUAAAAAGCCACAGCUAAUUUUAUAUCUAACUCUUGGAGCAGAAACUACAACAACUUCUCCUAUAAUUUCUGAUUCCCCAAUAGAUGGCACUCAAUGAUACAACUUGGCAUUUUCAGUAUCAUAUAGCACCCCGUAUUCUUCUGUCACAUUCUAUAAAAAUGGUGUAGCUUCCUCCACUAAGCUUACUCGUGGGGCAUUCAUAGACCUAAUUUCUGACUAUUCGAUAACAAUUGGGGCACAAAGAAGUAUGUCAAAUUUUUUCAAUUUUUUUAAUGGCUAUCUUUAUAGCUUAAAAUCUUGGAAUAUCGCAAAUAAUCCAACUACGAUUGAUGUAUCAUACUGUAGCUGUGGAAUAUGCCCAUCUACAACUGUUGGCUGCCUGCCAAAUCAAGGUAUAAGCAAGUACUGGGAUGGUAGCGGAUGGGUAAACUGUAAAUCAGAAUGCUCGAAUAUUGGAUGCGUCAGAGAUGAUACUGUUUGCAACCUAUGCGAAUCCCAGUCAUGCUUUUUAUGUGAUGACUGAACUGGCUGUCUUAUAUGAUGUGAUCCAAGCUGCUUAACUUGUGUUGGCCCUUCAUCUUCAGAAUGUGUGCUAUGUGCGGAUGGAUCAAGAAUUUUAGGUUCUUCUUACGGAUCUUGCGUAUGCACUGCUACCAAUCAGUACGUUAAAUAUGAAGAUCCAUUUACUUGUCAAUUAUAUACAUAAAAUGGCGAGCGAUGUCUGGUCCGCCCUCUGAGAGAAGGUACCUAUGCAUAUCUGGGCCAUGGUUUUUGGAACAAAGAGUUGGCCAGCAUAUCUGGCUUCCCGAAGAGAUAGGCUUAAGCUUUUUGUAGUGCAAUCCAAUGGGCACUUCCUUGAAAUUAUUUUUGCCAGAGCAUCUAAUCCAGUGGGCACCAGAAUUGAGCAAAAUGAAUCAUCUGCCCAAGCUGCUGUGGCUUGCACCAAAUCGCAGAAGCGGUUGAGUUUUUUUUUCAGGGAUAACCUGAAAAAAGAGGAGGCAAAUUAGAUGAUUUUAAGGUAGUCCCUCUAGCAAAGGGUCCCUUAAAUAGUGUGAUCUGACCAGAAUUAGGAAGCAGAAGAUGGCAUAUUAAGGGCAAAGGGACUGGCUGGAAUGAUGAUUCUCUGCAGUGGUCUGCGGACCAACAGAGCAACCCACUACCAAGAAAUCACAGGUUUCAGCCUGGGUUCAGAAGUACCAGAGGUGAAAGUCCACCCAAUUAACUUGGGCUGCCACACAACCUCUAACAAAGCUGUGCAGAAUGUCACUCAUGGAAAUAGAGACCUUUACUAUUUAGCAUUAACUAACUACUUGUGAAAAUUGUCAUUCUAGCUGUGCCAGCUGCAUCGGUCCAAAUUAUGAUGACUGUUUGCUUUGUGCAAAUGAAGAGAUUACAAUUAAUGAGUAUCAUGGAUACUGCGAGUGCCAAUCUAACCAAUAUUUAGCACAAAAAAGUCCAAUAGAGUGCGAAGACUGUGACCCUUCAUGCUUGACCUGCUCAGGCCCUGGAAUGUAUUCUUGUACAUCAUGCGAUUCAGGGUUAAUAUUGAAUGAAGAUGGACACUGUAGCUGUGGAUUUGCUGCUUUAGAGAAUUUCCAAUGCACUGACUGCAGCGACCCAAGCUGCCAGGCAUGCCUAAGCACUCCUGAAAAUUGUAUAUCUUGCUUUCCCCCAAAAAUUCUUCAAGGAAACAUUUGCGUAUGUCCUUUAGGAAUGAAAGAAUUAUACGGCGCAUGUAUUUCAAGUGAUAUAUCAGUCGAUGAAAAAUAUUCAAACAAAGUUGUAUAUCUCACUUUCAGCGAAAACUUAUCAGAAGUUCUAACUGAAUCAGAUUUAAAUCUUACAAUAGUUGACAACUACCAAGCGGCCACAUUUUUCGAAUUAGAGUUUAUUUCUCUUUCUUCAUAUCAGAUUUCUGUUAGCUUUAAUCCUUCAAAUUUGGAUAAAGGAACACUUCAAGUUUAUAUUACGUCCCCAAAAUAUGGAAUUUCUGGAUCAGCUAUACAGCAGCGUCUUUUUACCCAUAAUAUUUCAAGUUCAAAUGAUGAUAGCAAAACUGCAGAAAAUUUUGUAGCAAAUAUAUAGUUAAACUACACUGACUGGCAAGGGGUGAUUUUGGCUCGAAACUGAGCCAAAAAGCACCCCGUGCCAGUCAGUGUAGUUCACUAUAUUUCCGAGGACUUUUCAAACCAUAUUAACUUCUUUAUUACUACUUUAUGGUGGAGUGUCUUAUAUUAUGUUUAGGAAAUCCACUACAUUAUGAACAUAUGUCAACACUGUUCAGAUUAUUGCUUUUAUCCCUUUACAAAAUAUACAAAUCCCAACAGAUUUAUAUAAUAUGUUUAAAGGAUUUAUUUCAUAUACUUGGAUUCCAAAUUUAGGAGCUAUGAUUUAUGGGAGAUCUGAAGUAGGAAAUAUGCCGCUUUCAAGGUUUAGCACUUAUGGCUACAAGUCAGGAUUAUUUUUUAUAUCUGCAGGAGGUAUGAUAUUUUUGUCUCUUGUAUUUUUAACGAUAUGGAAUAUAAUUUGAAUUGUACAUGAAUUUAUUCCUAAUCAAAAAGUCAAAAUAUUGCUCACAUCCCCUCCAUUAGCAACCAAAAUGCUUUUAACAUAAUUUUUUUAUAAAAAAUUGUUUAAUAUAUAGUAAUAAUUAUUAAAUGAAAUCUCUAACACUAUUUAAAUUUGCAUUAUAAAACUAAAUUUUAUUAAUUAAAUUGAUUUUCCUUUCAAAUUUUUGCGAUAAGGAUUCAAAAUAUAAAUUUUAAAAAAUAAAAUUAGCCAGAUUAGAGUCAGUGAUAAAGUGCUAGUGAAUUUCAAGUACAACUGACUAAUUAGACUAUUGGUUGAAAUUUAUAUUCUAGCUUUCUGCGGGAUUGUUAUUGGAAUGAAUAAUUAUAAUGGAAACGACCCAGAUUUUGUGCUAGAUUUUAUUAUUGCAUGGAUUUUAUUUAUUUUGAGUUUAGCUAUGAAUGCACUUAUAUUUUUGAUUUUAAGGAAUAAUAAAGAAAAUAUUGUACUGAAAAAUGAAAAAUUCUACAAAAAAUUUUCGACACUGGUGGAAGUCUUUCAUUGUGAGAAAGGGAUUUUGAGUAUGUGCUAUUUUCCUAUAUUCUUUAUUAGAAGAACAGUUUAUGUUAUAUCUCUUUACAACUUGUAUGACUGGCCUUUGAUCCAAUCAAUUUUUAAUGCUUGUUGCUCAUUGCUGACGCUAAUCUUUUUGAUCAAAUUCAGACCUUAUAAAGAUAAUUUUGAUAAUAAGGCUGAAAUCUCAUCAGAAGUUUUACUCUUCUUUCUAAAAAAUAUAAUUUUGAUUUCGAAACAAUUUUAAAAUAAUUAUAAUUUAACCUAUUUUAUAGUUAAAUAUUAUUUUUAGAUCUUAAACAUAAUUCUUUUAUUAGUGAAAAUGAGUGAAGGGGCCGUUAGUUACUAUACUUUUUAUAGUAGUAAUACCAUUUAUAGAUACAAAAUUAUCUGUCUCUGCAAGAGAGACUUGCCAAAUCAUUGCGACUUCAGCAACUUUAAUAUUUCUACUAUAUAGUUACUAUCUCUUGAUAUUGAAAUUAAUUAGAAAAAUCAAAAAUCGGAAAACUGCUGAAAUUAAUACUAGAGAAGGGAUAGCAGUCCCUAAUAACUCAAAGGGUGAGCUUUCUUCUGAAGGCUGUGAGCUAGAGGGUUUUGGCUUAAAAUAA